AUGCUGCGAACCUCCCUUGAUGGAAGGAGCCGCAAGAACCCAGAGCCCCCGUCCAAAGCCACAGAGACUCCCAAGGCCCAGUCCGCGAGCAAGAUUUAUUCGGCAAAUCUGAAGGAAGCCUCUCCUCCCAAAACAAACCCGUGGCGACGCAUCAAGGCGCCCUCGCCCCAGCUCCAAGAAGCUUCCGAAUCUCUAGACCAGCAUGACUGGCCCCGGGCAGAAGCGGCUGCCCCCAAGCAGGACUCCGUAGCUUCAGCUGCCCCAAAAGCUGUGCACAACACCGGCACGUCACCGGCGGCUCGCGCGGCACGCCAACGUUCCGCAUCCGCAUCGCAAGGCUCAUCUCGGGAGGUGUUCCAGGCCGCCGCCGCCCGAGCUGGAGAAAGCCUCUGGAACCUCCCCUUUGGUGCCGACAUCUGGCUGUACGCUGAAGACAAGGUGCUUCAGGUGCACCGCAGCGUCGUCGCGCCCAAGUCAGGCUGGAUUCGGGAUAAGCUGCUGCCUCCACACUCGAACGGCGCCCCCGUGGGAGUCUACUUUCCAGGCGCCGCAAAGAUCAUUGGGCAUAGCCUCAAGUUCAUGUACACUGACAGAAUCGAACCAUGCGAGCCCAUGCGCGAGAGCCCUCAUGAUAUUACUCAUGUUGCCUGCUGUUCUCUCUUCUAUCUUGUGGCCGUGGACCUGCGCGCACAUACCAUGGCGGUUCAUAUCCUCGACACACUCGCACUCACGUCGGAGAAGUGGAAGACCUUGUUCGUUGCACACUUUUCAAGACAGCCCAUGAGUCGCCAGGAGGGCAUGGAGUUCACCCUCUACCUCAAGGACGCACUCGAGGCAGCCUACGCCUACCCCAGCGCCGAUAUUGUCGCCCCUCUCAAGUUGGCACUGGCGGGGUUUCUCGACAUUGUGCUCCCAUUGAUCAUCCAGUACCCGACAGUCAUCAACCUGCUGUCCACGGCCGUCUGGCAACGCUAUUCGUCCCUGAUCACGGCGGACAUGAUUGAACACCGACACCGCGAGAGGUCUGGGCAGGUCCCCUGCUGGUCCCUGCCCCACGGCCAGACACUGCAGGCUCUUUUAGAGCAAGCCCCGACGCGAAGCUGCGACUUUGUGACCUGGUCAAGCCGAGGGCAGAUGCCAGAGGCCUCGGCGAGGGCCCUAUAUGAAUCGGCGAACACUUUCGGGGGAGAUGACUAG